UAGAGUGCAGGGCGUCCUCGUGGCUCUCUGCAGCCUCCAACUGCCGGGCUCAAGCGAUCCUCCCGCCUCGGCCUCCCGCAGCGCUGGAAUUACCCGCCUGAGCCGCCGCGCCCCGCCCGCCUACGGCUUCUGAUCCACUUUGUAGUCUGACUCUCGGGGCUGGGGACAAGAGUGCUCCCUAACGCCAUGGGAUUGGCCCCGGCACGGCGAGCCCCAAGACCCAGUCUCGAGCUGGGAGCCAGGUCACUGCUCUGGGUCAAGACCGUGGUCGUCGUAGGUGUCCUGCUGUCGGUCUCAGCUGACUCUGUCACCAAAAACCAGGACAGGGCUCCCCAGCAGAUGACUGCCCUCCAGCAACGGAGGCACAGCCCCAAGGAGGGUUUGUGUCCACCAGGAACCCACAUAUUAGAAGGUAGAGAUUGUCGCUCCUGCAGCUAUGGAGUGGACUACACCACUCAUUGGAAUGCCCUGUCUUCCUGCUUGCCCUGCACAGUUUGUAAUUCAGAUGAAGAGCCAAGAAGUAACUGCACCACGACCAGAAACAGAGAGUGUCAGUGCAAACCAGGCACUUUCCGAGGAGAAGAUUCCCCUGAGUUCUGCCAGAAAUGCCAAACUAGGUGCCCAGAUGGGAUGGUCGAGGACAGGCCUUGUACCCCCUGGAGUGACCUUGUGUGCGUCCACAAAGGAUCAGGCAGUGGGCUCCUCGCAAUGCAGAUUGUAUUCGGGGCUGUGGUUGUCUUGCUCCUGGUGGUCGUGGUGGUGACACUUCUUUGCCGGAAGCACAACUGCUCAGGUUGUGACCAGGACCCCAAAUUCGUGGGCAGAGUCUUUUCCUGGUGCUGGAGUUCCCCACGAGGGCCUGGGGCUGAGGACAAUGUCAAAAACGAGAUGCUGAACAACAGAGACUUGCGGCCCACCCCAGUCUCUGAGAAGAAAAUGGAAAUGGAAAGCCAGGAGCCAGCAGAUCUCAGAGGUGUCACCAUACUGUCCCCAAGGGAGGCAGAGCAUCUGGGCCCCACGGAAGCUGAAGGGUCUCAGAGGAGGAGGCUGCUGGUUCCAGCAAAUGGCGCUGACCCCAUUGACACUCUGAGGCUGUUCUUCGACUACUUUCCAGACAUCGUGCCCUAUGAGUCCUGGAAUCCACUCAUGAGACUUAUGGGCCUGACAGACAAUGAUAUCCACGUGGCCAGAGCGUGUGCCUCAAGCCCAAAAGACGCCUUGUACGAAAUGCUAGUGAAAUGGGUCAGCAGGACGGGGCGGGAGGCCUCGGUGCACACCCUGCUGGAGGCCCUGGACGCGCUGGGAGAAAGGUGCACAAAGGAGACCAUUGAGGACCACCUAGUGGGCUCCGGGAAGUUCAUCUAUCUAGACGACAGGGCAGGCUCUGCUGUGUCCUGAGUGUGAAAGAAUCUCUGUAGGACUCCAGAGCUUCCCUAGUUUACCUUUUUUUCCUAGAAAAAGAAUCACAAUUGGACAUCAGCCUUUAGGAAAUAGGCAAAAAUUUCAUAUGACUGAUACUUGAAGAAACUCUGACAUGUACUAUCAUCCAGCAGAUGAAACAUCCUACAACUUUUUCUGUAGACUUGGAGUACAAAUGUUAGGUAGAUAGUGAGGGAUUCCAGGUCUCCCAGGGAUGAAAGUGGGUGCUGUUGCCUUGGUGUAAUUGCCCCACCUGAGAGGAAGGACAAACGUGGGCUCCAGGCCCCCAUCUUGAUGCUGCCCCACCCUAAUCCUCUCCCCAGCAACUGCCAUACCUGGGGGAGGAGGGAAUCCCCUACAAAUCUGCCAAUCAAUUUAGUGCACCAGCUGCAAAAGAUUGCAGAGGACUGUCUAGCCCAUGGGCCAAGCAGUAUUAAGUACCACAGUGUCUGGAAAUUGAGCUAGAACAACCCACAGGCAUAAUCUAAGACUCACGUCAUUGACACUGGGGAGCAAAAGGAAGAUCAAAAGGAGGAGAAACAGUAGUAAAUUUUGGAGCCAAAAAGACAACAUGAAGCUUAGGAGUAUAAAAAAAAAGAAAUAAGACUCAGGUCAUGCAACUCCCAAAUGUCCACUCAUAGUGGUUCCAUGGUGACGUCUGAGCCAUAGGGAGGUCCCAAUCCGGGCACUAUAAAACAAGUUGUAGACCGUAACCAGGACCUGUUGUCUCCUUCAUUUUGCUCACCCUUUGCCGUGACAGUGGGUCUGUGGUCAUCAUCUGUGGCGUAUGUACCAUGCUCUGUAAACCUAUAUCUUGCUCUCGCUCUAUAAUGCUAUCUUUCUCUCCUUUUUUCAUGCUUGCCUUACUUUGGUGCAUCUGGUCAUUCUUUGGCCGUGAGCAUGUCAAGAACUGACAUGCUCCAUUUAAGUAAAAUUCUAUGUUUGUGGGUGUAUUGAAUGUGUAUUGUUUAGGAUGUCAUUCUUUUUCUGUUCACACUUUUUUAUCCCACUUUUUACUUGUGUUUGUUAUAUUGUAAGAUCCAUCCGUCUUAGUAUGUGAGCAUUUACUUAUGUCCAAGUAUUGUAAGAAAUACAAAGGAAAAAGAAGAAGAAAAAUCCUUCCUGUGUAAGUUCUCACCAUUUGGGCUCUAGUUCUCCCUGCCGUGUACUUUGAUCCCACUGGGCUUGGAGGACUGACAACUUCUAAAGGGCCAGUCUUUUAAACUUGGCGAUUUUAUAGGCAUGUGAAUAUUUAUUUAUUUAUUUAUAGGUAGAUGUUCAUAAGUGAGUAGGUACUAGAGGAGAACUGUCUCAGCCCCUCGCCCCUUUCUCUGAGGACUUCCCUGAAGAUGUUUGUAGAGUAUUAGCCUUAUCAUUGUUUGUUAUGCUUAGUCUUUUAAGGUAAACUUUGUGACAACAUGAAAUUGUUGGGGUUUGUUUGUUGGGUGGUUGGUUUGGUUUAGUUUAAUACACAGGCCAAACAAUACAGUGACACAUGACAGGCACUUAGCACGGUAUUUCCUUAGUGUUGGGUAUCGUUUGGUGCUCCUGUUCCGUGGAAAGUCCCUGUUGGAAUCUGUGCUAGUACUGUUAAGCAACACGACGAAGGCAGUUAGAUAUGAAAUAUUCACGUAUUUAUGAAUUGAUGACCAAAUUAAAUGUGAAACCUUAUAUAAAAA